AUGUUGGUGCCAGACAUUUCACAGCUUCAUGAUCCGGCAUCGUACGUCGCCACACUUCGCACCUAUUUUUCUAAUCUUCCGCUCAUGGGUUCCUGGGACCAAUCUCCACCCUCAACUGUCCCAUCAGAUAUUGGCUCUCGAUUGCAUGUUUUUGUUCAGGAUGACACUGUCAAGGGACACCUUGUUUCUCCUUACAAAGGACCCUUUCGUGUGCUUUCUCGCACACCCAAAGUUUUUACAAUUGAUAUGAAUGGUCGUAUGGAGACUGUUUCUGUAGAUCGGCUUAGAAGAGCAUAUUUUGAGGUGUCAACAUCUUUCGAUGACACUGCUGCCACGCCCACCUUUGAACCUACACAUGCACCCUUGAAAAUACCAUCACCUACACAUAAACCUUUGACAACACCAUCACCUACAUCACCACCUGCAUCGUCACAACCUGCCUCGAGCAGACCCUAUGUCAUCAGGACUGGCCAAACUGUUCACUGGCCCAAGAAACUUGCAAAGACUAUUUAUAUUUGA